CAACUUCAAUGCGACACCUUUUUCCUUAGUCCCUUAUUAAUAAUGCUAAUCAUAGUAAUCUAUCAAAUAACUUGAAUGUAGGACUCCAGAAUCUCCUUAUUUUAAGCAGAAUCGCAACGUUUAGCAAAACACUGCGAACUGUGAUCCCAUUGGCUAUUUUGGGACGCUGGGGAUCUCGAGAGAUGCAGUGAAGUGUCGCAGUAGGAUGACAUAUCAAGAUAUUCUACAGAAGGACUGGUACAACAUCCUCGACGCCAAUCCUUCCGAAAGCCUGCAAGAACUGAAGCAGAAGUACCAGAAACUGGCACUGCUGUAUCACCCAGACAAACAGAGCCCAGAUGUGCCAGCAGGAGAGCUGGAGCAGCGUGUGCAGAGGUUCAUAGAAGUCGACCAGGCAUGGAAAAUUCUUGGGAACGAAGAGACAAAGAAGCAGUAUGACCUGCAGCGGCGUGCAGCUGAACUGAAGCAGAAGUGGCCAGUUGAUGGUUAUGUUUGCCUUGAAGAUAUGGACUGGGAUGAUGAUGAGCAGUCCUAUGCACAUGGAUGUCGCUGUGGAGGAGAAUACUGUCUUUCAAAAGAAGAUGCCGAAGAAAAUGUUGCAGUAAUCUGUUGUGAUACUUGCUCUCUUAGUAUAGAGGUCAUAAAGAAGAGCUGACAUUAAAUGAAUGACUGUUUUAAAAUGCAAAAUACAGAUGCAAUUUAUAAUUAACACCUAACCGAAAGUGUUUUGAAGUUCUGUGUGUAACCAUAACAACUUUCAUGAAGUUUGCACUAUGCAUUCACCUUUUGUUGUAUUUUCAGAAAUUGUUUUGACUUGAGUCUGACAGUUGCAUGCUGUACAAUUAUUGAGCAUUGUAUAUUAAAUCUGUUUAAUUU